CGACGACAAUUAUAGUCACUUGCCACUCACGCCCACUCUCCUCUCAAAUCUGACAAAGAAAGAAAAUGUUGAGUUGAUAUUGCGCUCUCUUUGUCAAGAGUUCCACUCUUCGAUUUGAUGCAUCAACUGCAAUGAGAUGAAAGUCUACAGAAGAUGCAGCGUUUAAGCUUCUCUAUGAUUCCUCCGAGCUCCUCUAUUGCUAUUUUAUGAAGCCUCCUUGGUCGAUUCUGGCUGCCCUUCUUCUCUUCUGAUGAUAUAAAUAGUCAUCGAUGAACGUAAAAUCAUGGAUGCUCCCGAGGUCGAAGAAAUAUUUUUUGCUGCCGGUGAUGCCAAGUUGCAUGGAGAAAUGUACAAGAAACUCGCUGGAAUUUAUUGCCAAGUUAUGUCAAUUUUCCCUUUGUUAGAAGCAGCACGACCCAGAAGCAAAACUGGGAUUCAGGCUUUAUGUUCAUUGCAUGUAGCUCUUGAGAAGGCCAAGAAUAUUCUUCAGCAUUGCUCAGAAUCCAGUAAACUCUACUUGUCCAUAACUGGAGAUGCUGUUCUCGCCAAAUUUGAAAGGGCAAGAUGUUCUCUUGAAGUUAGUCUUGUAUGCGUUGAAGAUAUUGUUUCACAAUCAAUUGGAGAUCAGAUUCAGCAGAUAGUGAAUGAACUCAAGGACACUGUUUUCUUACUUGAUCCACUCGAGAAGCAAGUUGGUGAUGAUAUCAUUGCAUUACUCUUGCAAGAAAGAAAAUUUGAUGAUUCUAAUGGCCAUAAUGAGCUGGAGCAUUUUCAUCAGGCUGCCACAAAACUUGGAAUUACCUCCUCCAAAGCAGCCCUCACAGAGAGGAGAGCUCUUAAGAGACUCAUAGAACGAGCUCGCUUAGAAGAAGACAAGCGAAAAGAAUCAAUUGUGGCUUACCUUUUGCAUCUUAUGAGGAAGUAUUCUAAAUUAUUUAGAACUGAGUUGUCUGAUGACACCGACUCGCAGGGGUCAACUCCUUGUUCUCCUACUGUUCGGUGUUUUCUCGAGGACAAUGGACUUCCAGCCAACGGUCAAGUCUUUGAACAGCAGCUUUCAAAGCUUAGUUCUUUUAAUUUCAAGCCAAAUUAUAGGAUAUCAGGGCAGAUGCCUCUUCCACCUGAGGAGUUGAGGUGUCCAAUAUCAUUGCAGCUUAUGUAUGACCCUGUCAUAAUCGAUUCUGGGCAAACAUAUGAAAGGAUCUGCAUUGAGAGGUGGUUCAGUGAUGGUCAUAAAAUUUGCCCAAAGACUCAACUAAAGCUCUCCCAUCUGUCUUUGACACCUAAUUACUCUGUCAAGGGUCUCAUUGCUAAUUGGUGUGAACAUAAUGGAGUUCCUAUCCCUGAUGGUCCACCAAAGUCACUUGAUCUAAACUAUUGGAGGCUUGCAUUGUCUGAUUCCGAGUCUGGAAAGUCAAGAUCCAUGGACAAUGUUGGCUCUUGUAUGUUGAAGGAAGUUAAGGUUGUUCCUUUUGAGGUAAGUGGAACCAUUACUAUUGCUGAAGAAAAUGAAGUAGAUAAUAAUUCGUACUUGGAGGAGUCAUGUGAUCUUAUUACACUGGAGAGUUGUGUAAACUUAAUGACAUUAUUGACGGAAGAGGGAGACUUGAGAAAAAAAUGUAAGGUUGUGGAGCAGAUAAGACUUCUACUGAAGGAUGAUGAUGAGGCUCGAAUUUUGAUGGGAUCCAAUGGCUUUGCUGAGGCACUUAUGGAAUUCCUAACUUUAGCUCUUAUUGAAGAAAACGCUGAUGCUCAGGAAAGUGGAGCCAUGGCUCUCUUCAACCUUUCUGUCAACAAUAACAGAAACAGGGAGACAAUGAUAGCAGCAGGUGUUAUCUCAUUGUUGGAGAACAUGAUUUUGAAGUCCAAUUUACAUGGACCUGCAACAGCCCUAUAUUUGAAUCUUUCCUGCCUAGAAGAUGCCAAACCUAUCAUUAGCUCGAGUAGAGCCGUUCCUUGCCUGAUCCAGCUACUUACUAGUAAUGCCGAAUCCCAAACGAAGCUCGAUGCGCUUCAUGCCCUUUAUAACCUUUCAACCGUGCCCUCCAUAGUUCCUGUUCUUCUUUCCGCUGGCAUCAUCGGUGGACUUCAAUCCUUUCUUGCAGCCCCUGGUGACAACAUGUGGACAGAGACUUCCUUAGCUGUCUUGAUAAACUUAGCAUCAAUCCAGUUGGGGAUAGACGAAAUAAUAUCGGCCCCAGAGCUUAUCAGCGGGUUGGCAGCAAUUGUGGAUGCAGGCGAACGCUCUGAGCAAGAGCAAGCCGUGUCAUGUUUGUUGAUUUUAUGUAGAGGGAGUGAAAAAUGCAGUCAAAUGGUGUUACAGGAAGGGGUGAUUCCUGGAUUGGUGGCAAUUACCGUAAAUGGGACUUCAAGAGGGAAAGUAAAAGCUCAGAAACUUCUGAUGCUGUUCAGGGAGCAGAGGCAAAAAGACAGCGAUAUCGUCCAGCAGCGAGAUGGAAACAGCGAGUCGUUCAUGGCUGCGCCAGAAUCAAAGCCACUAUGCAAAUCAGUGUCGAAGAAGAAGAUGGGGAAAGCAUUAAGCUUUUUUGCGAAGAGCAAAAGAUUUUCACUAUACCAAUGUUAAGUUAAGGCGAUGCCCACCAUCCUUGUAAAUUCUGUUGUAUCGUAUAUAUGUAUAUUUCUUUUUGGUCCCUCCCUCGUAUCCUGUAAGUGUACACUACACUCUCCACUUACACUUAGUUUGGUUUUUCUUUCCAAAGAGGAGAAGAAAUGUACAGCUUUCUGUAAUUAAUGAUUUCUUCUUUCCUCUAUUGUUUCACUAGAAGAUGCAUUUGAUGUAGCACACAAUCGGUUUUGACUUUUGAGAUAAAUUACCAUUUUAGUCCCUAUA